AUACAAAACAACUCUUACCUGAACUCAAGUCUCUGUCCAUCGGAUCCGUCGCUGACAUCCAAUACACCACUAAUUGACAUAUAUUAAGACCUGCGGAUUGGUGUGGAAAAUGUUGACACCGAUAUUCAGUAUAACUCAGGAUCAAAAUUUCCUAUUCAUUCGUAUAAAGGCUCCAAACGCUAGGAUAACAGACACUGAAAUCCAAUUCGAAGACAACAACUUUAGCUUCUAUUCAAAGCCAUAUUAUCUCAGAUUAACUCUUCCGUCAAAAGUGAUUGAAGACGGCGAAGAGGAGACAGAUUACGACUCAACGAACGGCACAUUUGUGGUGAAGAUUUCAAAAUUGAUUAAAGGACAGCAUUUCGAAGGAUUAGAUUUAUUGACUAAAUUGUUGUCAAAUAAAUCUAAUGACGAAUCAAAUAGACUGCCAUUGAUUGAAGUGAUUAGCAGUCAAGAGGUGGACACCGGGACUAGUCUUUCAAUUGAAUCGAUUGAUGAGGACUUUGACUGGCAUUUAGAGCAAACAGUUAGACAGGAAACCGACGAUUUGUUAUUGUUUGGAAAGACGUAUGGCUUUGCAAACCAAUACUCGGCAGUUGUGGCCAGAAUUGUCGAAGAGUUUAAUGAUUUAAUUGAUAUCAAAGAUCCCGAACACAAAAGUUAUAGCGAAAGAAGAGCCGAGAGAUUGGCUAAAGAAUCGGAAGAUUUCAGUGACGAUCACUACUUAUCGGAUCUUUUUGAUCAAAAGGAAAUUAUCUCAAACCUAAUUACUUAUGAAAUUCCCAUUUGUGACACAUUUAGUGACGACCAGAGGUUUAAACUGAAAAAUUUGCCCAAAAAAGAGUACAUUCUUGAAAAGAAUAAAAGUCCACCGAAACAAAAGAAAUGCAAACCAUUGGCUAAAAGUUCACCAAAAGUGGACAAAAUUUUGCCCGAAAUAGAUGUGAACUCAAAUGAAAGCCAAGAAAUGCCGUCUUUAGAUACGGACACUUCGGCGAUGGGAAUGACAACUACGACGACCACAAUUAACACUGAGAUGGAAUCGGAUGCGAUUCAGUCAAUGACCACAUCCACAGACAUUUCAAUCUAUUACUCUAAUGGUUCUUAUGCGGCCAGCGAUCGAAGCAGUCUUGUGAAACACAAUCGCAUACACACAGACGAAAGGCCCUAUAAAUGCCAACUCUGUCGAUACGCGAGCCGUAACUCAUCGCAACUUGUGGUCCAUUUGCGCACUCAUACGGGUCUAGACAUCAUGGUGGGCGUGUCCCGAAAUGAGGGUUCAUUAGUAUCGCGGGCGGCUUUCAAUUGGAUGUUUGCCAGAGAUAUUAACGAAACCGACUUCGAUGUCCUGAUGGAUCAGCUGAACAAUCGAUUCAAAGACAUAGACAUACCGGCCGUCAAAGACUAUUACCUGAAAGGUGUGAACACAUCGGACUCCCAGUCCCUGAAACACACUUUCUAUGAUAUGGUGGGCGACGUGUGGAUCAAUUGUCCCGCAUAUCUCUAUGCCAAACAAUACGGUACAAAAUCGCCGGAUAGUCGCGUGUAUUACUACGAACAGACCUAUCAGAGUAAGAGCAUGGUAAAUGUGGGCUGCGUGGAGAGCACCAUGGGCAUUUGCCAUAUGGCAGACUUGCCCUUUGUGUUUGGUGUCCCUGUUAUGGAUGGCCGCAAUUUUACGGCUAUUGAUAUCACGUUUAGUAAACAAGUGAUGCAGAUGUGGACUAACUUCGCUAAAACAGGGUAUCUAUUUUGA